AUGAACAAAGCUCGACAAAAUUUCGACGAAGUUGCGUGGGACAGAAAUGACGAAGCUUGGGAGAAGUCCCAGAAGCAGCUCCGGCUCAAAUCUACCUGCCGACUAGUCGAGUCUCUAGCCGCGAAGGUCUUGGGGAAGCGGGCAUCGCUGGUUUCUCCGAUAUUCUUUGGGGGGUUCAAUGUGCUUUAUCGAAUUCACCUUGAAGGGCAUGAUCCCGAUGUUAUUGUUCGACUACCAUGCCCCGAUUUGGUCCAGUUCCCGGAAGAAAAGACACUCUACGAGGCCGCGACUAUGGCAUGCCUUGCCCAAAAUACACCUAUCCCGGUCCCAGCUGUCUUUCACUACACCUCUUCCUCGGACGUUGGACCAGUCAUAAUCCUGCAACACGUCGAGACUACACGGGACAUGUCAGACGCCCUUGCGAUCCCUAGUCAGGAUCCAGAUGAGACACCGGUUCUAAACCCAAGCAUUGACGAAGAAACGCUUAGACGGCUGUACAAGAACAUUGCUCUACUCUUCCAACACAACGAUCUUGUCCGCUCAGAAGAUGACUGCCGAAAUAAAUACGUGGCCCGCUAUCUAUUUCACUUGCUUGCAAAACAAGGGCGAUUAUCUUCCUUCGGAUUUGUCGAGGACAACUGGUCCCAAGAGGACGACGUCAUUGCGGCGAUUGACUGGGAAUUCACGUAUGUUUCACCUACACAAUUCAUCCUCGAUCCUCCUUGGUGGCUCUUGUUGGAAGUUCCUGAGAUGUGGUCUUCCGGAAUGGAUGACUGGGCUAGUACUUAUGAUACCCGACUCAAAGCCUGGCUCCUUGCGAUGGAAGACAUCGAAUGUGCCUCGGUUGACCAGUUUCCGUUCAAAUUAUCCUCCUAUAUGCGUGAAAGCUGGUUGAGCGGUCGCUUCUGGCUCAAUUACGCUUCAAGAAAGAGUUGGGCCUUUGACGCAAUCUAUUGGAAGUACUUGGACGAAAGGUUCUUUGGUCCCCGGGAAACAAAUAUCUCAGGGGUUCAGUUAUGGAAGACAAGAAUACAUCUUCUAGGGGAAGAACAAAGAAGAAAGAUGGACAUGGUCGUGCAAAGAAAGAUGGAAGAGGCGAAAGAACGUGCCUUGGUAGACUGGGAUCCAAGCAUGGCAAACAACCUUCUACACGAGGCACUACGAGACAGUGAAGACUUGAAGAUCUAA